ACGCAAUACAAUAUUUUACAAGUACUUGGGCUUUCUCUCAAACACCCAAACUACGCACGCUACAACAUCCCACAAGUAGUUGAGCUUCCUCUCGAACACUCGACGUUCGCUGCAACAUUCAAAAAGUACUCCUCUCGAAAUCCACUCUUUCAGCGACCAUGAAGAUUUUCAUGCUGCUAGUGGCCAUUACUGGCUUUUUCAACUUGGUAUGUAGUUUCCCUUACAACGUAGCUACCUGCUAUGUUCUUCUUGUUCUUAUGAAACGAAACAGGUUAUCGCUACUCCCGCAAUAGCUCCUGUUAAGGAACGUGACCUGUCGGUACGUAGUCAAUUCAUACCCUCGAAGGCAAUAGUACCUGAUAGUAAGAUAGCAUAUCUUCUGCUGCAAUGAAAUCGGCCAAGGCUGGGUAUAUACGCUACCAAGUCUCAUUCCGACCACUGCGAUGGACCUCACCCCUGCCCCCUUCUUUGCCCUUCCGAAACCAGACUGUAUCCAAGUUGCGUGUCGCGAACGCGCUGAGGUCGUACUCUGUAGCGAAGUUAGAACUUCCAGCUCCGAUCUUUCAAAUCUUUUACUAAGUCUUCUCAGAAUGCUGACCCAAGCUUGUUCUAUGUCGACAACGUGGCGCAAUACGCGCAAGACAUUAUCAAUAAGUGUACAAUUAAGGUAGAUAACGUGGAUAAGGUUUGUGGCCACGCAUUUGAUACAGAAAGUAAGUUAUUUCCCACCUUCUACUCUUUUUACCACAAUCAAUCAUUACUAACCUAUUCCCAGGGUACAACGUUAUCGUUAAGGAGAUUAAGGAGGGUGUGGCAUGUACUGCACCAUGGCCAGCUACUUCAUAGGUUUCUUGUACGUUGGCCAGAAAACCGAAAAUUUCCGGUCUGUAGAUCAGCACCUGGAGGUUUCAUUCUUUUGCAAGUUCACGGGCCGGGUCCAUCAUAGGAUGGCGGAAUUCAAUUCUUGGAUGUAAUUUAAUAACCCCCUUUCAUAAUUGCUUCAGCUUUCUGAAGGCCACAAUGACAUUGCAGUAAAGCCAAAC